CUGUUCAGUUCGCAGCGUUCCAUUUCCUCGUCUUGUUCAUUAUCGUUUAAAUCCUAGUUUGACUUUGAAUCCUCUGUACGCAAUGGCUCCCGCACCGGUCACUUGGAUCUUCGACAAAGCGGACUAUUCAAAGCACCGCGUCGUCAAGCUUCCAGACGACCCUCUGCCCGCUCUCGGUCCAUCGUCGCUCCGUCUGCAGACUAAACUCGUUGGUCUCACCACGAGUAACCAGACGUAUGCUCGCCUUGGCCAUAUCCUUCCCUGGUGGGAUGUUUACCCACCGCCGGAGAACGCCCCAGCGCCAUACAACGAUCGGGAAACCCACUGCCGCAUUGCCGGUUGGGGCUAUGCCGAGAUCGUAGAGAGUACUGUCCCGGAUAUCCCCGUAGGAAACAUGGUGUUUGGCUACUUAGCUAUCAGCACUGUGCCGUUCGAUCUCCGCGUCGAGCACACAGGGCUAAAAGAUCAAAUCGUUGCCCUGAACGAGCACAGACAGCAUCUCUGGAAGAUCUACAACAGAUACCGCAUCUACCCUCCGCUAGCAGAGUUCGAGAAGAACAAGCAGCUGGACUUCCUGGGCUGGGACUGCCUGAUGGAAAUCCUCUUCGGCACCUCCUACAACCUCAACCUCUACGGCUUCGCCUGGAAAGACGAAUACCGCAUCCACCCAGCCGGCGAGGGCGAAUGGACCGCCGAAGACGCAAACCUCGACAACUCCACCGUGAUCUUGCUCAACGCCAGCGGCAAGACAGGCAUGUCCUUCGCCUACGCGCUGCGCAACAACAGACCCAAGGAGCACCAGCCGAAGACUGUCAUGGGCGUCGGCUCCCCAGCCUCCAAAAGCAUGCUCGAGAACAGCGGCUUCUACGAAAAAGUGGUGCUAAACUCGGAGGCGGGGUCUGCUGCGGACUUUGUCGAGAAGUCCGGCUCCCGCCGCACCAUCGUCCUUGACUUCGGUUCGCGGACCGGCACUCCUGAUGCUUGGAAGUCCGCCUUCGCCUCCUCCAGCACACGCUUUGAUUUCUUCUCCGUCGGGGGCGAAGUCAAGGUCAUGUCGCCGGAGGAGGCAUUACAGGCGUUCAUGAAGCGUGCCGGCAGCCUUGUUGUGAAUGCGAAUGUGCUGAGGGAGAAGGGUGUUGAGAUUGCGGGAGAAAAAUACUUUGAGAUGUUCUAUAAGGAUUGGGAUGAGUUUAAGCGGAGAGGCGGUGUUCCGGGGUGUAGGUUGGUAUGGGGAAAGGGAGUUGAGGGCUGGGCGGAGGGAUGGGAGGCGUUGUGUAAAGACAAGGGGAAUGCGACGGAUGGGUUGGUGUAUAGGUUUUAGUUGGAGAGAGAGAUAGUUAAGCGGUCCUUGAUGCCGUUUCGAG